AUGGCCAUAGCCACCAUGUUUGUGCCGCUGCAACUGUUGAACUGUUGGUUGCUAGUUGCGUAUUUGCCACACUUAUUGCCACUGUGGUGCAGCCAAGCAGCCGCAGAUGUUGAGCAGUUGCAGCAGAAGAUAUUGCAAUUGCUCAUUCGCUUUGGGAUGGUGUCGGCCAGCGACCCAGACUGCGGUGUUAACGCUAUAGUCAAUUAUACGCUGGGCGAUAGUAUCAAGCAGCUCGCCGAGUUCGAGGUACGCUCUGCAACGGGUGAGGUAUGCAUUGCCAACGAGCUGGACUAUGAGAAGCGUAAUUCGUACGAGUUUCCAGUAAUAGCAACAGACAGAGGUGGUCUCAGCACUAUUGCUCGCGUUAAAAUCCAGCUCACCGACGUCAAUGAUAAUCGCCCUAUUUUCUAUCCGCGUGAGUACAACGUGUCACUACGCGAAACUGCCAGCGCCAGCGCCUCUGCUGCGCCCAUUGUCGCCGUCGUUGCCACGGAUGCCGAUUCGGGUCGAUUUGGCGCGGUGACCUAUCGCAUUGUCGCUGGCAACGAGGCGGGCAUUUUUCGCAUCGAUCGCGCCACUGGCGAAAUUUUCAUCAAUCGCCCAAAUAUGUUGUCAGUGCGCACACAAGCGAUGCAUGUGUUGAACAUUAGCGCCAGCGAUGGUGGUGGCUUGCGCACCUCAACGGAUGCGUUCGUCUUUUUGAGCAUCAUUGACGCCACACAGCGGCCACCAAUCUUUGAAAAGCCGCGUUACAGUUAUCAAGUAAAGGAAGAUGUGCCGCAUGGCACAGUAGUUGGUUCGGUGAUGGCCACCAGCAGUGAUGCAGCCAAUCGCAAUGGUGUCCGUUAUUCAAUAUAUUCUGGCGAUCCGGAUAGUUACUUUAACAUUGACACAGUAACUGGCAAUAUACGCAUCGCAAAUCCUUUAGAUCACGAAACGAAGCCACAAAUUCUGCUCAACAUUCAAGCAAUGAGCGGCGAUCCUCCAGCUUAUGGACAUACACAAGUGAACAUCGACGUCGAGGAUGUAAAUGACAAUGCACCCGAAUUUGAAACGAACUUGGUGCGCAUAUCCGUGCCGGAGAAUGUUGAUCUGGACAUCCCUCUCUAUGCCGCGCAUGCUCACGACAAAGACUCUGGCAAAAGUGGUGAGAUCACCUAUACUCUCCACAUGCUGUCCGCCGAUCACCAUCAAUCCAUAAAACAGCAACAACAAUACAUUGGCAAUGCGAGUAUUGCAACACAAGUCCAAUCCUCUCGCCCAACACUAAACACCUUCGCUGGCACACCCACAGGAGCGUUAGCAAUGCGCAAUCGUAUGGCAGGCGCAGGUACAUCUGCAUAUGCCGCAGGUAUUGCCUCACUCUCCAACUCGCCCUUGGCUGCAGCGGUCACAGGCAUAUCUACCGCUGUGAACCAUAUGACUGGUGUUGUUGCAGGACAGAAUCUUUUCGCAAUCGAUGCACGCUCGGGCCACCUAACACUGUCACGACACCUCGACUAUGAAACAAUGCAGCGGCACGCGCUCAUAGUGACGGCAACAGACGGCGGCGAGCCGCCCUUAUCAUCAAACCUCACCAUACUGGUGGAAGUGCAGGAUGUCAACGAUAAUGCACCGAUGUUCGAACGCAGCGAAUACUCAGUGAAGGUGUUGGAAUCGUUGCCGAUUAAUUCGCAGAUUCUUCAAGUGACAGCCAUCGAUCUGGACACCGGCAAUAAUGCGCGCAUCACCUAUCGCUUGGUAAGCAGCAACAACACUCAAGGCCUCAACUCUGCCGGUAAACUCCCAACGCCAACGCUGCUGCACCCGAGCGGUGCUGGCUUUGGCGCUACAAAGCAAACUCUCUCCGCCGCCGACGCCGAGUUGGCACAACUCUUUGGCAUUUUUCCCAAUAGCGGUUGGCUGUAUCUGCGCGGUCCUUUGGACCGUGAAUCGCGUGAUAGCUAUGAGCUUACCGUUAUGGCCAGCGAUAAUGGCACACCGGCUGCGCAUGCGCGCGCACGUGUCAUCGUUGAGGUGUUGGACGCCAACGAUAAUGAUCCACGCUUCCUGAGUGCCGCAUAUGAAUUUGUCAUCGAAGAGAAUAUGCGUCGCGGUGCACUGGUGGGAGUGGUGGGUGCCAGUGAUUUGGAUUUGGAUGAGAAUGCCGAGAUACGCUACAGCUUGAUACCGUCCAACACGAGCUUUCAAGUGAAUUCCGUUACAGGCGAGAUCACCACCCGCGAACCGCUCGAUCGCGAAUUGCGCGCCGUUUACGACCUGGUGGCGGAGGCACGCGAUCAAGGCACCCCCUAUCGCAGUGCGCGCGUUCCCGUCAAAGUGCACAUCACCGAUGUCAACGACAAUGCGCCGGACAUGGUCGAUCCACAAGAGGAUGUGGUCAGCGUACGCGAGGAGCAGCCGCCCGGCACUGAAGUAGUGCGCAUUCGUGCCGUCGAUCGUGAUAACGGUCAGAAUGCAUCGAUCACCUACUCGAUACUGAAAGGUCGUGAUUCGGAUGGUUACGGGCUGUUCAGCAUUGAUGCGGCGACGGGUGUAAUUCGCACACGAGUCGUGCUGGAUCAUGAGGAUCGAAGUAUUUAUCGUUUAGCAGUGGCAGCCAAAGACGGUGGCAAUCCACCCAUGCAGUCGAUACGUUUGUUGCGCGUUGAGGUGUUGGAUUUGAAUGACAAUCGACCGACGUUCACUAGCUCCAGCUUAGUGUUUCGGGUCCCCGAAGAUGUCUCUGUUGGUUAUGUGGUUGGCUCGGUGAGCCCUAAUGAACGUGCCGUCCAGCACAAUAUGAUCGACAGCAACAACGAUCUCUUCGUCACAUACACUCUCUCAUCGCUGGUGAAGGAUAUGAUCGAAGGCGCAUUCGAUAUCGACAGACACACAGGUUCGCUGGUAGUCGCACGUCAAUUGGAUCGCGAAACCCAGUCCGAGUUUCGUUUGGAAAUACGUGCUUUGGACACCAGCGCUAGUAACAACCCCCAGAGUAGCGCCAUUACUGUAAAGGUAGAGAUCGCCGACGUAAACGACAAUCCGCCCAGAUGGUUGAGCGAUCCCAUUGAGUUGCAAGUGAGUGAAGCAACUGAUGUAGGCACUAUCGUUUACAACUUUAGCGCCACAGAUGCUGACUCAGGCAGUAAUAGUUACCUUCAAUAUAAGCUCCUAAGCUAUACACCUAUGGACAGUGUUGCCAGUGAGGACUCUAGCGAGCAAAAAUCAGCGGAGCGCAAAGAUGCAGAGUUACUCUUCAGUGUCGAUGCCCUAACUGGUGCACUAACGUUGCUCGCACCACUUGACUACGAAUCUACGCAGAGUUACAUACUAAUCGUUGAGGCCUUGGAUCAGUCUUCGAAUGUGAGCUCGCGUCUACACACCAAAGUUACAGCCGUCUUACAGGUGACCGAUGUUAAUGAUAAUGCGCCACAAUUUGUGUCACCUGCUGCUAGCAGUAUCCUAGCAGAACAGCGAUUCAAUACGCCAACCGCUGCUACAAUUCGAAUCAAUGAUGCCCUGCGCAUCGGUGAAACAGUCGCUCAUAUUGUGGCUAUCGAUCAAGACGCAGGCGCGAACGGAGACAUAACUUAUGCGAUUGUCAGCGGCAAUGAAGCGGGGCAUUUUCGUAUAAAUGCGAAGACAGGUUACAUUGAUUUAGCCAAGUUGUUGCCGCCCACAGCAUUGAGUGGCCCUGGCGAAAUGUCCGACACAGCUAACUCUCAGAAAAACCAUUACAAUUUGGUGGUAAGCGCCAGCGAUAAUGGCACACCGACUGCCCGGCAAUCGCAGUUGAAGCUGCAGAUUUCAGUGCAUGGAACCAGCAGUAAUCCACCACGCUUCCAUCAGUCGGUGUACUAUGCGAACAUAUCUGAGAACGCGGCCGCAGGCACCUUUGUACUACAGGUUGCAGCGAAAUCAUUUAACGGAGGUGACAAUGGCAAUCUAAGCUACGAGAUACCAGCAGGUGUCGCCGAUAAUCACUUCCACGUUGAUCGGCAGCGAGGCAUUGUCACCACACGAGGACAAUUUGAUCGGGAAACAAAAGCGCGCUACACGAUACCAAUCUACGUAUAUGACACCAAAAAUGCCGCCACGACUGCCACCGCUGCCACGUCGGCAAGCACAACAACAAUUGCCACGACGCCGAGCAGCACAGCCGCGCCGCCAUCAGGAGCCGAAGCGGGAGCCUCAUUGGCAGCGACAGCCACAGCAUCGAGUGGACAAUUUGACAUUGCGACAAUAAUCAUCACAAUCAGCGACGUUAAUGAUCAUGCACCUGAAUUUCGUCCAGGCGCUUGCUAUGCGCUCUCCGUGCCGGAAAACAACAAUUUGGCGGUCAUACAUACGGUGGUGGCGACUGAUCUCGAUGAGGGCGCAAAUGGCGAAAUCGUUUAUAGCAUUAUUGGUGGCAAUAUUGGCAAUAAGUUCAGCAUUGAUAUGCAUAGUGGCGAAUUGACGGCGCUUCCUCUCGAUCGUGAGCAACACUCGCGCUACCUGCUACAGAUCCAGGCUCAAGAUCAUGGUACGCCCAAUAACUACCACGGUCAGUGCAACAUCACAGUAGUGGUCGAGGAUGAGAAUGACAACAAUCCCCAGUUCGAGAAAACAAAAUACGUGGCCAGCAUUGCCGAAAAUGCAGCGAUCGGCGCAAGUGUGUUGCGCAUUAAAGCGACGGAUGCCGAUUUGGGUAUCAAUGCGCGUUUGGUCUACUCGCUGGCUAAUGAGACGCAAUGGUUGUUCGCGAUUGACAGCAAAACGGGCACCAUCACAACAGCGGGCCCCCUGGACCGCGAACGCCAGUAUGUAUAUAAUUUUUUUGUGGUAGCCACGGAUGGCGGUCGCUACAACGCACGUUCUGCAAGUGUGCCUGUCCAAAUAGUCGUCGAUGAUGUGAAUGACAAUCGGCCCGUCUUCGAACGUUACCCCUUCAGAGCACAAGUGCCCGCGCUCAUACAGCCAGGCCAAAUGCUUCUUCAAGUUGGCGCUACUGACGUCGACGUCGGCAUGAACGGCGAAGUUCUUUACUCAUUGGGUAACAAUGCCGAUGAAGCGACACGUAAUAAAUUCCGAAUCAACCCCAAUACAGGGGUGGUGAGCACCACACAGAGCUUAGCUAGUGAGUCGGGUCGGCUGUUGCAUAUCGAGGUGGUGGCACGCGACAAAGGUAACCCAGCACGUACUGCAUUCGGUCUUAUAGAAUUGCGCGUAGGUGAUGUGGCAAUUGGCACACCGGUGCUACGCUUUCAAAACGACACUUAUCGACUAAAAUUUCGUGAAAAUAUGACAACAGGUAUGCGCAUGCUACAGGUGUCAGCGGUACGUAGCGAUGGACGUCGGCAGCAGAUUUACUACUCCAUUGGCGCCGGAAAUGAGGAUGGCGCACUCACUAUAAACGCCACAACCGGUGAGAUAAAGGUCGGCAAUACAGCCUACUUGGACUACGAGCGUUAUGUAGGCACUGCAUUAGAUGGUAUACCAACAGGUGGCAGCAGCCCAUAUCGUGGCCGUGCCAUGUUCUAUGAUGACAAUGAGAAGCUGGGCGCUACCUUGGAAAAUGCAACCAGUCCUGGAGAGCAGUCAUUGUCAGACAACCAGCGGCCACUUCGCAACCAGCGCGAAUUACAAAUAUCCGAUGUCAACGAACACAAGCAGUCUUCUUCCUCCGCAUUACAGUCGCAUGAAUUGCGUUUGGUGCUCGUUGCGCGCACCGAUGCCACACCCCUGCUCUACGGCUAUGCGGAACUCAUUAUUGAGUUGGAAGAUGAAAACGACAAUAGUCCGCACUUCACACAAUCACAGUACUCUACCACGGUGUGGGAGGGCAACAACAAGGGCACAUUUGUUGUGCAGGUGCAGGCAUUCGAUGCGGAUGAGGGCGCGAAUGCACGCAUUCUCUAUCAUAUCGUCGAUGGCAAUCACGAUAAUGCGUUCGUCAUUGAGCCCGCCUUCAGCGGCAUUGUGAAGACGAAUAUCGUGUUGGAUCGCGAGAUCCGUGACAUGUAUAAGUUGAAGGUUAUUGCAACGGAUGAGGGGGUGCCACAAAUGACGGGUACAGCAACCAUACGCGUACACAUAGUCGAUGUGAACGACAAUCAACCUACUUUUCCGCCGCACAGUGCGAUUAGCGUGAGCGAAGGCACUGAAUUGGGAACCGUCAUCACCACAGUUUCUGCCAAUGAUGUGGAUACUUACCCCUCGCUCACAUAUCAAUUUGGUGCUGACUUACCCGACACCCAGCAACUUAUGCGCAAAUCUCUGUUCGCUCUGGAUCGCUACAGCGGGAAGGUGACGCUCAAACGGCACCUCGACUACGAGGAUCAGCAGGAAUACCAGCUGGAGAUAAUUGCUUCGGAUAAUGCACACGAGGUACGCACUAUAUUGACAGUGCGCGUUACUGACGAGAAUGACAACGCACCAAUUUUCGAGGCGCAGCUACCACCUGCUUAUGCAGCGACAUUGCCUGAUCAACAAGUGAUCAGCUCUUCCGUGGCCAUUACAGAUAUUGAACUGGUCACUGUCAAUGCCACGGAUGCCGAUGCAGAAGGCCGCAAUUCCGAGGUACGUUAUAGUAUUCAUCCAUCAUUGCGUGGUUUCAGCAUUAAUGAGCUGACUGGUGCGGUGUUUGUAAAUAUGACGCGCCUUGGCAGUGUUGCCAACGAUAUUUAUGUGAUGAUUACCGCACAAGAUAGCGGUUUGUUGCCGCUGAAAAGUUCUACGGUCUUGCGUGUACGUGCCAGCAAGUGCAAUAGCGCUCGUGUACAAUUUUUGCAGACACAAUAUCGAGCGCAAAUCAACGAGGCUGCGCCACUUGGCACGGUUUUACUCCACCUUAGCCAGGAUGUACUAAAUGCCCACGCUGAACGCGCUGCCGGUACGCUACUAUUCAAAAUAGUAUCUGGGAAUGAAGAUGCAGCCUUCGAAGUUUAUCAAUCGAGCUCUAUUGUACUCGUGAAGACGCUCGACCGCGAACGCAAUGAUUUGUAUAAGCUACGACUGGUGGUGAGUGAUGCGCACGCUUCAUCGCAGCAACUUGUGGCUCAAGCGGCGGACAAUUCAAGUACUGCAAUUAAUGUAUUUGUUACUGUGGAGGAUGCCAAUGACAAUGCGCCGAAAUUCGCCGCCAUUGGCAAAUACGAGGCUGAGGUGAGCGAACUUGCACCGCUUCGUCACUCCAUUGCGCAAUUGUUAGCCACCGAUGCUGACCUAGAGAAUACGCCCUACUCGGAAGUGGUGUACGAUAUAACGUCAGGCAACGAUGAGGGUAUGUUCACCAUCGACCUCGUGUCAGGUGUGCUGUUCGUGAACAACAAAUUAGACUUCGAUACUGGCGCAAUGUGCUAUGCGUUGGUAAUACGCGCCUGUGACAGUGCGCUUGAGCCGCUUUGCAGUUUGCAGUCAUUUCGUUUGACUUUGCGCGAUGAAAAUGAUAACGCGCCACAUUUUCCAGUAACUGAAUACAUUGAGUUUGUGGGUGAAAAUGAGCCAGUCGGCUCUAGCGUGUUUACAGCUCGUGCAACCGAUUUAGAUCGCGGUGUCUAUGGCCGUCUCAACUACACCAUCGACCAGGAGGCUGUGGGAUUAGACGAUGUCUCGUGGAAGCUGUUUCGCGUCGACCCGCAGACUGGUAUUGUCACUUCAAAUGCUGUGUUUGACUAUGAACAAAGACACCGUUACGAUUUUGUACUGCGUGUCACAGAUAGUGGUGGCAAGUCAGCACGGGUUAAGGUUCGCAUUGAAAUCGAAUCGAAAGACGAGUACGCGCCACAAUUUACGGAGCGCACCUAUCGCUUUGUGAUGCCAUCACCGUCAACGCGCUACUUGCCAUUGGGUUAUGUUGUAGGCCAAGUGUCGGCAACGGAUCGCGAUAAUGGACCUGACGGACGUAUUGUUUACCAAUUAAGCUCUCAGCAUGCCUACUUCAAAGUGAACCGCACUACUGGCGCUGUGAUAACCAAAAAGAAACUCGACGACAAUUUUGAUGAUGGACGUGAUAUUAGCCUAGUGAUUGCUGCCGGCUCUGGUAGGCAAGGUUCGCUUACCAACAUGACAGUUGUCGAGAUCUCUUUAGAUCCGCUAGCGAAGCCGGGCACAAAUUUAGCAAGUAGUGGUGGUACUGUUGGAGGCAGCAGUGGAGUGGCAGAUUGGCUAGUGGGACUAAUCAUUGUCCUGUUAUUGGUGCUUUGUGCUGUUGCCGGCAUUUUUUUAUUUAUACGAAUGCGCAGUCGCAAACCACGCAAUGUGGCCAAACCUCACCUCAGCACUGAGACCGUUGGCGUCUCCAAUAGUUACGUCGAUCCAAGUGCCUUUGAUACAAUACCAAUAAGAAACGCCGUAAAUGCUGGACUAGCUGGUAGUAGUAAUAGCGGUGGUGUAGCCUCUGCUGCAGCGGGUCAAUUUCCGCCACCAAAGUAUGAUGAAAUACCCCCUUAUGGCGCUCAUGCAGCGAGCUCCAACUCAGGUGCAGCAACGACAUCAGAGCUUUCUGGUUCGGAACAAUCUGGCUCAAGUGGACGUGGUUCGGCAGAAGACGAUGGUGAAGACGAAGAAAUUCGCAUGAUAAAUGAAGGCCCCCUACAUCAUCGUAAUGGUGCAGCCGGUGGCAAUGGGGAAGACGGACGCAUUUCUGACAUAUCUGUACAGAAUACACAAGAAUAUUUGGCACGUUUGGGAAUUGUGGAUCGGGAGGCUAGCACCAAUGUCACUGCAUCGAACUCUUCGCAUCGCUGCUCUGACGGCAUGGGUGGCUUACAAAAAGAAACACAUCUUCACCAUCCGUUGCAGAUGCAUAUGUAUGAUGAAGAUCCCGCCACCCAGUCGGACAUUACCAACCUUAUCUAUGCCAAAUUGAACGACGUUGCAGGUGCUGUAUCGGAUCGUGCAAGUAGCGUAGAUGAAGCCACCGCUUCCAGCAGUAAUGUGGGCGCUGUUGUGGACCGAGUAAUAAAUUUCACAAAUGUACCCGUAGGUCACGUGCCCAAUGUGGGGCAUGCCACCAAUGUUGGCCCACACAUGAACGGUUCCCUCAGCUCUAUUGUACACAGCGAAGAAGAGCUCACAGGCAGCUACAACUGGGACUAUCUGCUCGACUGGGGGCCACAAUAUCAACCACUAGCCCACGUUUUCUCUGAGAUCGCGCGCCUUAAAGACGACAACAUGUCGGUACAUAGUGGUAACAGCGGCGCUUCCUCGAGCGCCAAAAGUAAACAGUCGCAAGCGCACUCCAUAGGUACCGUAAAAACACACAUACCACCCCCACUACUGACAAACGUAGCGCCGCGUGCAAUCAAUAUGGCAGUAUUAUCCGGCGCUGGCGUGGGGGUACGCUUGCCGCCGAGCGCCCAACACCAUAUUGCAACCACAUCACUAGGCGCUCCAGCGACGGCUGGUCAAGUGAAUGCCGGACAAUACAUGGCACCGCGCUCACCUAUCAGUCAUGAUACGACCGGUGGCUUCAGCACUACAACGGCAAUGUCACCUUCCUUCUCACCAUCGCUCUCGCCUUUGGCAACGCGUUCACCAUCGAUAUCACCGCUCGGUGGCGUGACGACGGGGCAUCACUUGGUAUCACUGCCACGGCAUGCACCACAACCAAAACAGCGGGGUAAAACGGCAUUGCUGGUGGAGCAGGAAAUGCGCGUGAGAAUGUGAUGAAAGACAUGCAAGGAAGGUCCCAGAAGGGGCACGAAAUUUCGAUGGUACAUUAGAAGGUUAUACGAGUAUAACACAUAGCAACCAACAAAGUGAUCAUUAGUUUUGUAGGCGGGUCUUUUAGAGGUAAUUUUAAGUGUAUAAAAUACAACACAAGCUAUAUCCGUAAGUAGGCACGAUUCGAUUCCAAUCCCACUUAUAUUAUAUCGAAAAAUCAUAAGAACUAUUUAGUUAAACAAAGAGUACUUUGGAGUUUGGUGAGUGACGGUCUACUAAUAUAGAGAAUAGUCCUGAACUCAUCACUCUCGGCUGUGGUAUUAAGCAUUUUAGUUUUAACUAAAGUAAAUUAAUUUAAAAAAAAUUGUACAGCUAAUCCUAAGAAAUUAGUUAGGCAUUUUUUUAGACUCAUUUACAUACAUAGAUUUACAUGUACUUACAAAUUGCCAUUAUGAUUUAAGGAUUAAGUUAAGAGACAUCUAACCUUCCUCCAAUUAUCCACUACUCACCCCUCACUCAGUCACUCACACAUUUUUUUGUUAGCUCUUAAAAAAUAAUACUCACACACUCAUUAGUUGUAAUUUGUUAUGUGACACCCACCACCCACCAAACAUCACAACUCACCACAAGCCCGCGACUGAUACGAUGCACUGGCAAAAAUAAAUACCGAGGUGCAUUCAAUGCUGUAUUCAUCACAGUGUUCCAAGAAAUUUGUAAAUAAAUCAUCAAAUAAAGACUACAAAGCCAACAAAGACUCUUUUUAGAAUUGUAAUGCCUAGAUGAAGUAGUUACAGCACAAAACCACAAACAGCAAACACAAAAAGCCAUAAACUAUAAGCAUUUAACAGAAUAUUAUUAAUUUAUGUGUAUGUAUGUGUGUAAUAUGAUAAGAGUUUUAAAAUUCAUUUAGUCUAAUUUAUUUAUACAAAAGAAAAAGCAAGUACAGUUAGCAACGUACAUACAUACUUCUUACUCACGCGUAUGCUCCAAGGAAUAUUUAUUUAUAAGCUUUUACAUACUUGCAUGUGUAUGUACGAGUAUUUGUCAAGACACCUACAGAAAAGCUUCCAUACCAUAUUUUAAGUAUACGAUAAAAAAUAAUUAGCUAUAAGGGAACUUAAAUUUUAGCACAUUGUACAAAUAAGAAUUUACUACCUACCUUCCAACUGAUGAGUACGAGUAACUGCGAUUGAGUGCCUUAUAAAAUAUUUUAUAUUUAGUUUUGUUUGAUUGAGUGUUUGAAUGGAGAGUAGAUGUUAAAGUUUUACAAAAAUCAUAAGCAGUACAGUUAAACGGACAUAAAGGAAUAAAGACUGUGUUCAAGGCGGAGUGUGUGGCGCGGCAGUGGAUGUUAAGCUAUUAAAUUAUAGUCCAAUAAUUCAUAUAACUCAAAGUUGCAAACUUUUUAAAAAAUUAAAAAAAAUCAAUAAAUUUUCAUCAAAAUUACAAACUUUAUAGCCAGAAUUUUUAGAAAUGCUGUUUUAUUUCGCAUUCAAUUCAAUUUUUUAAUUUUUUUUGUUGCUGUGGUUUUUGGGUGUUAUGCAUAUUUUUCCAUACUUAUAUAUAAUGAACGUGCGAAAUUCUUUUUUGUUGUAGAAAUAGAAAUAUAUUGUCAUGAAAACAUAAAUAAAUAGGCAAAAUGUUCAAUAUAUCGCGCUGCUGUUAUUGUGAACACAGGUGUACCUGUCGCGUUCGAGCUGGAACUCACUACAAAAACAAAGACAUGUUCGCUUUUAAUAAUUAAUUUCUAUUUUCAACCAAAAACAUUGUCGCUUUAGCCGCUAUUCGUUCGCUAAUUCACCACACUCAAACACACCCAGUCGCAAUUGGAGUGCAUUCUGCAUCGAUGGCAAGUAGUUAUGGCAUUUGGCUACCCGCUCGGUUCUCUUUCGAUUAAAAUACGCCUUACACUUAACAUUGCGUGAUAUUGGCGGUAAGAGAUAAGGGCUUCUGCAGCAUUAUUUUCACCAACGCAAUCAUUGAAAAAAUAUUACAUUCUUUCUGGAUUACCCAUCCACUUGCACUGCACAAAGAGUCAUGAGCCACGUUUUUUCUACGCUACUAUCACUAAUGACCCAGCAUCUUUAGAAUGAAUGGCAAAAUAUUCGUUUGAAAGUUGGUUUAGUGAUAUCAUAAAGAAACAAGUGGAAGCAGAAAAAUAGUAUAACAGAAAUAAAUUAAAUUUUACUUCAAAUUCCGCAUAAAUGUUGCACAAUUUAAAGGUCAGUUUUAUGGUUUGCUUGUAAAUACUGAUAACCAAACUCUUUUUUAUGUUUUUGAUAGUAAAAUGUUUCAAAAUUAAGCCGUUACAGUUAGUGAUCCAUACAAAACUACCUACGAAACAGUAAAUUCCUGGCUAACUUUAGCCAGGAGCGCUCUUCUGGCUCUGAGUGGGACCACCGAUAUUGCCCAUAAUUCUUGACAGAUCCGCCGUCACCAUGGCUGCCUCCGCAUGCUUUUUUAAUGUGCUCCUUGAAGCUUAGUCGAGCAUCGAUCAUAACACCCAAAUAUCUUAGUGCCGCUUGUAUUGUGACGUUUGUUGUUUUUUUUUUGUCGGGACAACUAGCAACCAGCCGACCCCCGCGGUAGCUUAGAGCCCAGCUGAGUCGUCAGACACCGAGGAGCGAACACCUCCGUCACACAUACAUAUUGUGUGCGUAUAUGUUUGUAUGCACAUUCAUGUGCAACUAAAGCGACUUGUGCGUGUGCGUGAUUAUUUGUUAUCUUUCUUUUAUGCGAGUGUGAAGAGUUUCAAUACAACUUAAUUACUUGCAUACAUACGUACGCAGUUUUAUAUACGAUUAUUUGAGUAUUUAUAUAUAACUAUCUAUGUAUACGUAGUUAUGAUUGUUGUAAAAAAUUGUGUCUAGUUAAGUUAUUAGAAAUUAACAAAUUAUAUUAAGUCAAUGCUAAAUUUAUUUUAGUAGUAACAAAUACAAA